UUUCCACAUGUUCCACAGUUCGCCCUUCGCCGUUCGAUACGUAGUACUUAGAUUCAAAAUUUCUUUACGGUCAAACACGUUAGACUUAGUUUAACACGUUAGAUUUAGCAGGCCUUUUGCUGCAUUGUGACGUGGUUAUGGUUUGUACCUGUUAAGACUGCAAAUUUAAAAAGUACAGCACGAAAAAUCUAGCUUGGUUCGGAGUCAGUCAGAAAUCAGGAUGAUUGGACUGUUAGAAGAUUUUGUAAAUCCCUCGUUCUUGGCUGGACUGUCUUGUGGUAUAAUUUCAUCUGCACUGAUUUACAGGUUGUUAGCCAAUGAUGCUCCAACCACCCUGCCAAAAAAUGAAGAUGAUGAGUUGACUUAUGGAGGUCCUAUUAACAAUCAUGGACAAACAUACAAACUACUUCUGGUUGUUAGAAAUGACCUGAAAAUGGGGAAAGGGAAAAUUGCUGCUCAGUGUUCCCAUGCUGCAGUGGCUGCUUACAAGCAAAUUCUACACAAAGAUCCUGAAAUGUUAAAAUGGUGGGAAAACUUUGGCCAACCCAAAGUUGUGGUAAAGGUUGAUUCAGAGGAAGAGCUACUGUCCCUAGCAACAAUCUCAAGAAGUAAAGGUCUGUUAACAUCUGUUGUGAGAGAUGCUGGAAGAACUCAAAUAGCUCCAGGAUCAAAGACUGUUUUAGCCAUUGGACCAGCCAUUACAGAAGCUAUUGAUGAAGUUACUUGUCAUCUAAAACUUCUCUAAGCAAUGUUUAACAAAUUUGAGUUUGACAGGCUUCAUUGAUUUUUAAAUAAAGAAACUGUUCAUAAAGCA